UUCUUGUAGCCAUAGUGACCGGAUAUUGUUUAUGUUAUGAAGGCUGCUGGGUACUUUCAUAGGAGAAGCAAAAAAACGUUGAUCUGCUCUGACUGCACAAGCCGACUGACAAACAAAACGGUGGGAUUUACCUGCUCCCUGACGUUAUUUACAGUGCAACGUUGUAGUAAAGUUGACUUUCGAGAAGAAACAAGAUGAAGACCCUGGCAGUUUUGAUCGCGCUGGCUGCGACACUGGCAACUUGUGACGCCUUUUCCUGCUACAGCUGUAGCGGUUCCAAGAGCUCCUCGUGCGGAGAGAUCUUCAGGGCAAGUAGCUCCUAUACAGUGUACUGUUACACCGCAUGCUACAAGACCGUUUCUACAGUGGACUCUAUUCUAGGGUCUAGCACCACGUACUCCAGGGGAUGCACCUCACGUUCUUCGUAUUCUCUGACCUGCUCCUCGGGCAGUGCUGGAUACUUUAUCGCCAGCGGUUCCACGGAGACUUGCUACUGCGGCAGCAGUUUGUGCAACUCCGCGUCAAACCUGCUGCCCUCUAUCAUCCAGAUCGUCGUGUUUGUCUCUGCAGUUCUUUUCUUUCAGAAGUUUUAAAUAUAAAUUGCACGAUAUGUAAUGUUUGGGACCGUGAGCUGAAAUAACAAGAAGAGGAACAGAGAACUUUGAGAAAGGAUUUGAAUGGUUUACAUGAGCUAUUUUAGUCAGUAUCAACAAGUAUCAACUGUAAAGUUAGACGCAUUAAUUUUAAGAUAUUAAUUAUUUUAUUCUGUAUCAGCUAUUAUCAACUGUAAAUGAGCUUUUCAAACUGUAAAAUCCCAGACGAUGAAUGGACUGGAGCAAUCUGUCGUGAUCUCAUGAUUAUCAGGCCCGUAGCCAGCAAUGUCAAAAGUAGUUUUUUUCUGAAAUAGUGUACCUAUUAUAAUGAAACCUUCGUGGACCUAGACAAAAUUUUACCCAAAAAAGGAACUUUCUCGGCAAAAAGAACGGUUCUUUCGAACCAUUCCCCCCCCUUCCCCCUCCCCUCCCCCAGCUACGGGCCUGCUAUGCACUGUAUUUAUGAAAACGGGAGCACAGCAUUUAGACAAGUUGUUUUUAUAUAUAGUUAUCAAUCAUUAAAUAAUUUAACGUAAUGAUUUUAUAUCAUUUGUCAAAUUUUGAAUAGCUUAGUGUAACAGCACAUGUAUGUAUAUGUACACUGCACUUUCAAUGUUUUUUCAACGGUAUAUUUAUGUUUUCUUGUAUAUUUUUGUGAUAUUCAGUGUCUCAUAGCUCUGUAUGGAACUGCCACGUUUUAUUGUUCUUUGUUUGUAUUCCUUUUUUAUGGGUGAGACUUUAAUAAAAUAUCUUGAUCUUG